CACCUGCUACGGGAGCGGUCUCCGGUGUCAGCCACAUUCUGUUUGAUUCGGAAGUGAUCAAGCAAGAAUCGUUCUUCCGUUACAGAUCCCGCGUGCGCAGUCUCACCUGCCUUUAUAUAUGUUCCGUCGGUGGGCCACCUGAUCACAAUGCAAUACCUGAACACCCGCGUCGAGUCUUGUGCAUUAUGAGCAUGAAACAGAUCCUGUAGUUGCCUGACUUGUUCCGAUCUUGUCUUUUGGAAACCUUCGACACCUGUUGUUUCGGCCCAUCAUCCGGAAGAUCGGUAGCGGGCCUCAAGCCGGAUCUCGCUUUCUAACCCGCAAUCCACUUCAGAUCCCGUCUCCGCGACUCGGCGACUAGGUAGACCUUAAUGCCAAUGGAGGCUCGCGCGCAGCCUCCAACGACAAAGACGUUAUUGGCCCCCAAACCGUGUUCUGCACCAACAACAACCACUCGACCGACGAGAAAAAGAAUCUCGCACGCAUGUGACCGUUGCCGGCAUCUUCGCGCGAAAUGCUCGGGUGAAGACGAAUGUUCUCGUUGCGUCAAGGAUGGACUUUCCUGUUAUUACGGAGAUCGUGACAGGGAAAAGAACAAAAAAGCUCUUGGCCAAGCCCUGCACCGCAUCAAAACCCUUGAAAAGGACAAUGAGGAACUGGUUGACAUUGUAAGGAGUCUGGCAACGACCUCGAAAGCUUCAUGGCAAGUUCGCGAUUAUGCCAUCAAUGUGUUGGCAGAGAAGUCCCAGGACGGUAUACACCAGCAACAACAAAAAGCACAAGUGCUGCAACCGAGUGGUAUAUCACCUUCGUCAAGUCAUCUCGACCUGAGAAAGAAUUUCCGCAUUCGAUAUGCUGAGAGGAAUUAUCCUGUUCGCGCACCCAACCUCUCCCCAUAUAGUCAUCUCUCGUUAUCCGAUGCAGUACCCUGUGCAAGGUAUCCGAUUGAUGUCCAAGCCCAGCAAAUGGACAAUUUCCGUCUCCCAGAGCAUUAUGUGCAACCGCUACUCUCUUACGAAGGAGAAUCUCCCAUGGCUACCGCAUAUAUCAGUUCCAGAGACUCGGCCCGCCAGAGGCUGCUGUCCGGAGAAUCGCAAGACAGCAUUUUCGGCACUGAAAAGGUCGAGGUUGAUCUGUUCUUCCGCGCCAGAGAAGUCAGUGACCCUCACACACCAUCCACCUGGGCAAGCGAGUAUUUUCGUGCACUCCACGAUAUUGACACAUUCGUCUGCCUUGCAGGUAUCUUCAACUUUGACCGGUUCAUGCGCUGGACGAUAGCGCCUUCGGCUGAAACAUAUGCAAGUAUCCCGCCUGGGCAACGUCCUACGCCGUGUCAAAGGCUCGUGCCGCAUCAUCCGGCCUCUGACUUACCAGUCCUGCCAGAGCUUCGUGACGGCUUGAUAUAUGACUUGCGCGACUAUAUCCUUGCCAGUCAAUCGUUCGGUACGACCGUCAACUGGCACAAGGGCCUGGAAACUGCAGUUGAUAUCAACCCGACUUCCGGGAAAAUGACCCUCUCAGCCACGUUUGUAGAGCACGUCUGGGAUCUCGAGAAUUGGAGUUUCAGCGGUGGUUUUGCCGCUGUCUUCCCAGAACUCCGGCGUCGGUAUCGCAUCCUACCAGGUGUUUCUCUGCCGGUGACCGUAGUCAAGGUCGACGACUUGCUGCACAAGCGAGAGACCGUUCUCCGGAACCUGCAAAGGCAGAAAUCCUAGACCUUGAGGACCACGUCCUCCUGGAUCACAUCAUGGCCAUGGAAAACAAGGGAUAGAAGCGUUGGAAAUACCUUCACAUUGGAGGUCCGUCUACCUCCAGGGCUAUCU